AUGCCUGAACGAAGAUCCAAAGCUCCAUUGGUGUGGAUCGAUUGUGAAAUGACGGGUCUGGACUAUGCCAACGACACCAUCCUGUCCAUCGCAUGUUUCGUCACCGACUACAAUCUCAACCUGAUGGACGACGAUGGCCUCGAUCUAAUCAUCCACCAUGACCAGGACACGUUGGCCCAGAUGGGUGAAUGGUGCACUAAACAGCACGCGGAAACCGGCUUGACCACCGCGGCCCUCGAAUCCACGACCACGGCGGAGGAGGCGGCGACGGCCCUCCUCGAAUACAUCAAGAAACACGUCUCCGAACCAAGGGUGGCCAUGCUGGCUGGAAACUCGGUGCACGCCGACCAAGCGUUUCUACGGCGGGCUCCCUAUGAUGCGGUCAUUCAGCAUCUGCACUACCGCAUUCUGGACGUGAGUGCUAUCAAAGAGGCGGCGAGGCGAUGGGCAGACGAAGACGUGCUCAAGAACGUGCCGAUGAAGAAGAGUCUCCAUGACGCGCGGGCGGAUAUCCUCGAGAGCAUCGAAGAGGCCAGGUUCUAUCGCGACAGUGUCUUCCGCCGUCCCUGA